AUGGUGGUCCCGGGACCCUUGACUGUCCCCCUGCUGCUGUCCAGUCUCACACUGCUGGUGUUAAACCUCUCCAGCUCCCAGGAUGUCUCCAGUGAACCCCGCAGUGAACAGCAGCUAUGCACCCCGAGGGAGCACCCCAUCGUGGCCUUUGAAGAUCUGAAGCCGUGGGUCUCUAACUUCACCUACCCCGGAGCCCGGGACUUCUCCCAGCUUGCUCUGGAUCCCUCCAGGAACCAGCUCAUUGUGGGAGCCAGGAACUACCUCUUCAGACUCAGCCUUGCCAAUGCCUCCCUCCUUCAGGCCACUGAAUGGGCAUCCAAUGAGGACACGCGCCGCUCCUGCCAAAGCAAAGGGAAGACCGAGGAGGAGUGUCAGAACUACGUGCGCGUCCUGAUCGUCGCUGGCCGGAAGGUGUUCAUGUGUGGGACCAAUGCCUUUUCCCCCGUGUGCUCCAGCAGACAGGUGGGAAACCUCAGCAGGAUCAUCGAGAAGAUCAAUGGCGUCGCCCGCUGUCCCUACGACCCACGCCAUAACUCCACAGCGGUCAUCUCCUCCCAGGGGGAGCUCUACGCGGCCACCGUCAUAGACUUCUCAGGUCGGGACCCCGCCAUCUACCGCAGCCUGGGCAGUGGGCCACCUCUGCGCACUGCCCAGUACAACUCCAAGUGGCUCAAUGAACCUAACUUCGUGGCAGCCUAUGAUAUCGGGCUGUUUGCAUACUUCUUCCUGCGGGAGAACGCAGUGGAGCAUGACUGUGGGCGCACCGUAUACUCUCGAGUGGCCCGCGUGUGCAAAAACGACGUGGGGGGCCGCUUCCUGCUGGAGGACACGUGGACCACGUUCAUGAAGGCCCGGCUCAACUGCUCCCGCCCAGGCGAGGUCCCUUUCUACUACAACGAGCUGCAGAGUGCCUUCCACCUGCCUGAGCAGGACCUCAUUUACGGGGUCUUCACCACCAAUGUAAACAGCAUUGCAGCUUCUGCUGUCUGCGCCUUCAACCUCAGUGCCAUCUCCCAGGCUUUCAAUGGCCCUUUUCGCUACCAAGACAACCCCAGGGCUGCCUGGCUCCCCAUCGCCAACCCCAUCCCCAAUUUCCAGUGCGGGACUCUGCCUGAAGUGGGCCCCAAUGAGAACCUGACCGAGCGCAGCCUGCAGGACGCUCAGCGCCUGUUCCUCAUGAGCGAGGCUGUGCAGCCCGUCACCCCGGAGCCCUGUGUCACCCAGGACAGCGUGCGCUUCUCACACCUCGUGGUGGACCUUGUGCAGGCCAAAGACACGCUCUACCACGUGCUGUACAUUGGCACAGAGUCAGGCACCAUCCUGAAGGCGCUGUCCACCGGCAGCCGCAGCCUCCGCGGCUGCUACCUGGAGGAGCUGCACGUGCUGCCGCCCGGGCGCCGCGAGCCCCUGCGCAGCCUGCGGAUCCUGCACAGCGCGCGCGCGCUCUUCGUGGGGCUCAGCGACGGCGUGCUGCGCGUCCCGCUGGAGAGGUGCGCCGCCUACCGCAGCCAAAGGGCCUGCCUUGGGGCACGGGACCCUUACUGCGGCUGGGACGGAAAGCAGCAGCGGUGCAGCACGCUUGAGGAUAGCUCCAACAUGAGCCUUUGGACCCAGAACAUCACAGCGUGUCCUGUGCGAGACCUGACACGAGAUGGGGGUUUCGGUCCCUGGUCACCAUGGCAACCAUGUGAGCACUUAGAUGGAGACAACUCAGGCUCUUGUCUGUGUCAAGCCCGAGCCUGUGACUCCCCCCGACCCCGCUGUGGGGGCCGUGACUGCCUGGGGCCAGCCAUCCAUAUCGCCAACUGCUCCAGGAACGGGGCGUGGACCCCCUGGUCGUCGUGGGCCUUGUGCAGCACAUCCUGUGAAAUAGGCUUCCAGGUCCGCCAGCGAAGUUGCAGCAACCCCGCACCUCGCCACGGUGGCCGCAUCUGCGUGGGCAAGAGCCGAGAGGAGCGGUUCUGUAACGAAAACACCCCCUGCCCAGUGCCCAUCUUCUGGGCAUCGUGGGGCUCCUGGAGCAAGUGCAGCAGUAACUGUGGGGGUGGCGUGCAGUCUCGGCGUCGGUCCUGUGAGAACGGCAACUCCUGUCCAGGCUGUGGAGUGGAGUUCAAGACUUGCAACCCUGAAGGCUGCCCCGAGGUGCGGCGCAACACGCCCUGGACGCCCUGGCUGCCCGUGAACGUGACGCAGGGCGGGGCGCGGCAGGAGCAGCGCUUCCGCUUCACGUGCCGCGCGCCCCUGCCCGACCCCCACGGCCUGCAGUUCGGCAAGAGGAGGACAGAGACUAGGACCUGUCCAGCGGACGGCUCUGGAGCCUGCGACACCGAUGCCCUGGUGGAUGAUCUCCUGCGCAGCGGGAGCGCCCCUCCCCACGUGGUGAACGGGGGCUGGGCCGCCUGGGGCCCCUGGUCAUCCUGCUCCCGGGACUGCGAGCUGGGCUUUCGUGUCCGCAAGAGAACGUGCACCAACCCAGAGCCCCGCAGUGGGGGCCUGCCCUGUGUGGGCGAUGCGGCCGAAUACCAGGACUGCAACCCCCAGGCUUGUCCAGUCCGGGGAGCUUGGUCUUGCUGGACGUCGUGGUCUCCGUGCUCAGCCUCCUGUGGCGGAGGCCACUACCAGCGUACACGCUCCUGCACCAGCCCUGCGCCCUCCCCUGGUGAAGACAUCUGUCUUGGCCUGCACACGGAGGAGGCACUGUGCGCCACACAGCCCUGCCCAGAGGGCUGGUCGCAAUGGUCUGAGUGGAGCGUGUGCACCGAGGAUGGAACCCAGAGCCGCAGCCGGAACUGUGAGGAGCUGGUCCCAGGGCCCACCUCCUGUGCCGGGAACAGCAGCCAGAGUCGCCCCUGUCCCUACAGUGAAAUUCCUGUGAUCCUGCCAGCGUCCAGCAUGGAGGAGGCCACUGGCUGUGGAGGGUUCAAUAUCAUCCACCUGGUGGCCACCGGUGUCUCUUGCUUCCUGGGCUCCGGGCUCCUGACCUUGGCUGUGUACCUAUCCUGUCAGCACUGCCAGCGACAGUCCCAGGAGUCCACGCUCGUCCAUCCCACCACCCCCAACCACCUGCACUACAAGGGCGGGGGCACACCUAAGAAUGAGAAGUACACACCUAUGGAGUUCAAGACCCUGAACAAGAAUAACCUGAUCCCCGAUGACAGAGCCAACUUCUACCCGUUGCAGCAGACCAACGUAUACACAACCACCUACUACCCAAGCCCGCUGAACAAACCCAGCUUCCGGCCCGAGGCCUCGCCUGGACAACGGUGCUUCCCCAACAGCUGA